AAUUAGCGAGAGCAAGUGUGAUUAUCGGGAAGAGUUCGAAAGGAUGGCGUCACCAUCUCGCCGUCAUCUUGUGCAUGCCAUGGUUUUCGGCUUACUAGCAAUUAACGUGGCGGCCAAUAUUUAUGAUAAUGAGGAACCUCCUAGGCCACCUCAUGAUCACGAAGACCCACCAUUACCAUAUAAUCAUAAAAACUCUCUAUUUCUGCCAUCAGGAUUUCUUCAUCGAGGAACACCGCCGCCGCCGCCUCGAUCACCACCACCUCCAAAUAAGAAGAAAACGCCCCCACCACCUCCAAAAAAGAAGAAAACACAGUCACCUCCACCACCAGCAAAAUCUCCACCCCCGCCACCACGAGCAAAGUCUCCACCUCCGCCACCAUCAGCAAAGUCUCCACCAUUGCCAUCAGCUUCACCUCCGACCUCAUCUUCAGCUCCCAUUUUACCUCCAUUGCCUUCUUAUAUUUCUCCAGUUACAUCCCCUUCAAAAGUUCCACCAAUCCCAUCCCCAACCCCAUCCCCGACAUCAAAUUUAUUUCCAUCUCCUCCUUAUACUUCACCAGCAUCCCCUCCAAGAAUUUCACCCAUUCCAUCACCAUCACCAUUUCCAUCUCCUAAUUUAUCUCAAUCACAUCCUCAUACUCCUCCAACAUCCCCUCCAAAAGUUUCACCAAUUCCAAUACUAUCCUCAUCCCCGCAUCCCAAUUUAUCUCCAUCCCCUUCUUAUACUUCACCAAAAAUCUCACCAAUUUCACCACUAUCCGCACCCUCAACUCCUAAUUUAUCUCCAUCACAUCCUCAUACUUCCCCGAUACCCACUUCAAAAGUUUCACCAUUUCCAUCACUAUCCCCAUCUUCGCAUCCCACUUUAUCACCAUCACCUUCUUAUACUUCUCCAAAAUUCUCACCAAUUUCACCACUAUUCGCAUCCCCAAAUCCCAAUUUAUCUCCAUCACAUCCUUAUACAUCCCCGAUACCCCCUCCAAAAGUUUCACCAUUUCCAUCACUAUCCCCAUCCCUGCAUCCCAAUUUAUCUCCAUCACCUUAUUAUACUUCUCCCAAAAUCUCACCAAUUUCACAUCUAUCCCUAUCCCCGAAUCCCAAUUUAUCUCCAUCACAUCCUUAUACUUCCCCAAUACCCACUCCAAAAGUUUCACCAUUUCCAUCAAUAUCCUCAUCCCCACAUCCCAAUUUAUCUCCAUCGCCUUCUUAUACUUCUCCCAAAAUCCCACCAAUUUCACAACUAUCCCCAUCCCCGAAUCCCAAUUUAUCUCCAUCAUAUCCUUAUACUUCCCCGAUACCCACUCCAAAAGUUUCACCAUUUCCAUCACUAUCCCCAUCUUUGCAUCCCAAUUUAUCACCAUCGCCUUCUUAUACUUCUCCAAAAAUCUCACCAAUUUCACCACUAUCCCCACCCCCAACUCCUAAUUUAUCUCCAUCACAUCCUCACACUCCUCCGACAUCCCCUCCAAAAGUUUCACCAUUUCCAUCACUAUCCCCAUCCCCACAUCCCAACUUAUCUCCAUCGUCUUCUUAUACUUCUUCUAAAAUCUCACCAAUUUCACAACUAUCCCCAUCCCCAACUCCUAAUUUAUCUCCAUCACAUCCUCAUACUCCUCCGACAUCCCCUCCAAAAGUGUCACCAUUUCCAUCACUAUCCCCAUCCCCGCAUCCCAAUUUAUCACCAUCGUCUUCUUAUACUUCUCCAAAAAUCUCACCAAUUUCACCACUAUCCCCACCACCAACUCCUAAUUUAUCUCUAUCACAUUCUCACACUCCUCCGACAUCCCCUCCAAAAGUUUCACCAUUUCCAUCACUACCCCCAUCAUCGCAUCCUAAUUUAUCUCCAUCGCCUUCUUAUACUUCUUCAAAAAUCUCACCAAUUUCACCACUAUCCGCACCCCCAACUCCUAAUUUAUCUCCAUCACAUCCUCAUACUUCCCCGAUACCCACUCCAAAAGUUUCACCAUUUCCAUCACUAUCCCCAUCUUCGCAUCCCAAUUUAUCACCAUCACCUUCUUAUACUUCUCCAAAAAUCUCACCAAUUUCACCACUAUUCGCAUCCCCAAAUCCCAAUUUAUCUCCAUCACAUCCUUAUACUUCCCCGAUACCCACUGCAAAAGUUUCACCAUUUCCAUCACUAUCCCCAUCCCCGCAUCCCAAUUUAUCUCCAUCUCCUUCUUAUACUUCUCCCAAAAUCUCACCAAUUUCACAUCUAUCCCUAUCCCCGAAUCCCAAUUUAUCUCCAUCACAUCCUUAUACUUCCCCGAUACCCACUCCAAAAGUUUCACCAUUUCCAUCAAUAUCCUCAUCCCCGCAUCCCAAUUUAUCUCCAUCACCUUCUUAUACUUCUCCCAAAAUCCCACCAAUUUCACAACUAUCCCCAUCCCCGAAUCCCAAUGUAUUUCCAUCACAUCCUUAUACUUCCCCGAUACCCACUCCAAAAGUUUCACCAUUUCCAUCACUAUCCCCAUCUUUGCAUCCCAAUUUAUCACCAUCGCCUUCUUAUACUUCUCCAAAAAUCUCACCAAUUUCACCACUAUCCCCACCCCCAACUCCUAAUUUAUCUCCAUCACAUCCUCACAUUUCUCCGACAUCCCCUCCAAAAGUUUCACCAUUUCCAUCACUAUCCUCAUCCCCGCAUCCCAAUUUAUCUCCAUCACCUUCUUAUACUUCUCCCAAAAUCCCACCAAUUUCACAACUAUCCCCAUCCCCGAAUCCCAAUUUAUUUCCAUCACAUCCUUAUACUUCCCCGAUACCCACUCCAAAAGUUUCACCAUUUCCAUCACUAUCCCCAUCCCUGCAUCCUAAUUUAUCACCAUCGUCUUCUUAUACUUCUCCAAAAAUCUCACCAAUUUCACCACUAUCCCCACCCCCAACUCCUUAUUUAUCUCCAUCACAUCCUCACACUCCUUCGACAUCCCCUCCAAAAGUUUCACCAUUUCCAUCACUACCCCCAUCCCCGCAUCCCAAUUUAUCUCCAUCGCCUUCUUAUACUUCUCCAAAAAUCUCACCAACUUCACCACUAUCCCCAUCCCCAUCCCCAAGUCCCAAUUUAUCUCCAUCACAUCCUUAUACAUCCCCGAUACCCCCUCCAAAAGUUUCACAAUUUCAAUCAUUAUCCCCAUCCCCGCAUCCCAAUUUAUCUCCAUCGCCUUCUUAUACUUCUCCCAAAAUCUCACCGAUUUCACAACUAUCCCCAUCUUCAAAUCCCAAUUUAUCUCCAUCACAUCCUUAUACUUCCUCGAUACCCACUCCAAAAGUUUCACCAUUUCCAUCACUAUCCCCAUCUUCGCAUCCCAAUUUAUCACCAUCGCCUUCUUAUACUUCUCCAAAUAUCUCACCAAUUUCACCACUAUCCCCAUCCCCAUCCCCGAAUCCUAAUUUAUCUCCAUCACAUCCUUAUACUCCUCCGACAUACAUUCCCAAAAUUUCACCAAUUCCAUCACAUCCUUAUACUUCCCCAAUACCCCCUCCAAAAGUUUCACCAUUUCCAUCACUAUCCCCAUCCCCGCAUCCCAAUUUAUCUCUAUCGCCUUCUUAUACUUCUCCCAAAAUCUCACCGAUUUCACAACUAUCCCCAUCUUCGAAUCCCAAUUUAUCUCCAUCACAUCCUUAUACUUCCCCGAUACCCACUCCAAAAGUUUCACCAUUUCCAUCACUAUCCCCAUCUUCGCAUCACAAUUUAUCUCCAUCGCCUUCUUAUACUUCUCCAAAAAUCUCACCAAUUUCACCACUAUCCCCAUCCCCAUCCCCGAAUCCUAAUUUAUCUCCAUCACAUCCUUAUACUCCUCCGACAUACCCUCCCAAAAUUUCACCAAUUCCAUCACAUCCUUAUACUUCCCCGAUACCCACUCCAAAAGUUUCACCAUUUCCAUCACUAUCCCCAUCCCCAACUCCUAAUUUAUCUCCAUCACAUCCUUAUACUCCUCCAACAUACCCUCCAAAAAUUUCACCAAUUCCAUCACAUCCUUAUACUUCCCCGAUUCCCCCUCCAAAAGUUUCACCAUUUCCAUCACUAUCCCCAUCCCCAACUCCUAAUUUAUCUCCAUCACGUCCUUAUACUCCUCCUACAUACCCUCCAAAAAUUUCACCAAUUCGAUCACAUCCUUAUACUUCCCCGAUUCCCCCUCCAAAAGUUUCACCAUUUCCAUCACUAUCCCCAUCCCCAACUCCUAAUUUAUCUCCAUCACAUCCUUAUACUCCUCCGACAUACCCUUCAAAAAUUUCACCAUUUCCAUCACCUCGUUAUACUUCUCCUCCACCCCCUCCACCUAUCCUCAAAUCUUCGCCUCCUCCGUGGUUUACUCUUCCUCCCUUCUUUUCCUUUAAAUCCCCGCCACCUCUAUCUCAUUCUCCCCCUCCACCUAUCCUCAAAUCUCCACCUCCUCCAAGGUUUACACUUCCUCCCUUCUUUCCCUUUAAAUCCCCGCCACCUCCAUCUCCUUCUCCCCCUCCACCUAUCCUCAAAUCUCCACCUCCUCCGAGGUUUACAUUUCCUCCCUUCUUCCCCUUUAAAUCCCCGCCACCUCCAUCUCCUUCUCCCCCUCCACAUAUCCUUAAAUCUCCACCUCCUCCAUGGUUCUUUUUGCCUCCCUUUUUCUUUAAAUCCCCACCUCCUCUAUCUCCAUCACCUCCUUCAUCAAAUAAUUAACCUCCACCUCGUUGAAAAAUAUCUUACUAAAUUGAUUAUAUAUGGUUAAUAAUGGCAGUGGGUUUCUUCGAAGAGACUACAUAUUAGAUAAUGCAUGUAUUGAAAAUGUAAUCAAUUGAAGGAAAGUGGAUUGUAUCAAUCAUGCCAAAAUAAUAUCAUAUAACUUUAGUUAUUGUAAUAAUACAUGGAUAAUGUGGAGGAAAAUAUUAUGUUUGUUAAAAAGCAUUAUAAUACUAAAUGAAUGUCUUUUAUUACGAUAA